AAAGGAUCAGAACUCGUGAUUCGGCCUUGUGAGGGAACACCAUACAUGCAUAAACAUGGCGACAUUAAAAAAAAAAAAAAAGCUCCCACGCAGCAGAUAAAGAGGCACUGAGUGAGCGGAGAGUAAGUUCAGUAACCCACUGAGCACACACGAUCUUUGGACUGACCCCAACCCAAAGGGGACCCCAAUUCUUUAUAAACGGGCUGGGGUUCAUCCUGUCAGUCUGUUCUCCUGACAGAUCCCGUGGUUGGUUGGCUUGUUUUUCCAUCUCAGAGCACGAUGUAUGCAACAAAGACAGCGGUGCUGUUGCUGCUGGCUGUGAUCAGCUCCAACGCUGAGCCAACCGCCGAAGAGUGCGAGACUCUUGGCAAACGGCUGCCGAGUAAAGACCUGCAAAAGAUCUACGGGGAGUGGGUUCUGGUGUGGUCUGUUUCUGACCAUGACAAAGGCCAUGACACACUUUUAAACUGCUCCAGCUCCCACGUUGAGUUCAAGCUCCUCGAUGACAAGAAAACCAUUGAGUACAUCGAGAGGAAUGUCUACCUAGGCAGCCUUGACUCCUGCACCACGUACUCCAGCAACCUGACGACGCCCACUGACGAGACGACUGAGCACCACACACUGAAAUGCGACGUCGUCAGAGUGGAGAAGGAUGGAGCUGUUCAGGAAUACAACGACACAGGUGCCGUGGACUUCUAUCAGAGCUGCGAGGACUGUCUACUGAUGGUCUACAAAACCUCCACCCACAGAUUCCUGCUCAGCUACAAGAGGGAGGGGUCACAUCGGGAUGUCGAGCAGAUGAAAACCGCCCACGAAGGCCUCAAGAAACUGGCUGAGUGUCUGAAAUUUCCUCAUGACAAACCUUUUGCCUACGAUGGCCUUGCAGAUUUCUGUCAUAAGAAAUCUGCUCCAGCGGAAGCUGCUGCACAGUCAUGAGUGAAUCUAAAGGAAUCGGCCACCAUACAUGUCUACAGCCUAAAUAAAAACAAGUCGGCACAACAAGAGCCUGUUCUGAUUUUUCUUCAUUAAGAUUAUUGCUUUUAUCUUAUCAUCCUAAAAUGUAUUUCAGUUUGCCAUGCAUGCUCACAUAAGCUCUCAUUUUGUUCCUGAUCUAUAAAGCAAAAAGGUUCAGUCAAACACACAAUUAUAAUGUUAUUUCAGAUCAUCACAGACUGAAAAUGGGCUGUCAUAAAAACUAACAGAAGCACACUGGGAGGUCAGUGAAACAUAAACUGACGACAUAAAAAAAACACAAAGAGGCACAGAAAGCUGAAGCCGCACACAUGAUUUCAACUUUAUUUAUCAUUUGAAUGUUAAACAUGGUUGAGUAACACAUUAAACACACAUGACCAUUGGACCUCACCUGACCUGACCUGACUGCGAGGUCAGGUGAUGGCCAGUGCCAAUAAAGAUUGACAUUUCCUUUUAAUCUGCUUUCUCAGUACUUAAAUUAUACAUUUAAAAAAAAAAUUGUAACACCUAUUUGACAAACCUAUUACAAACUUAGUAAUCCAUAUCAUUAUUAUCAUCAUUAAUAUUCUCAUUUUUAAAAUGAUAAAUGGUUAAAUAAAUUAAAUGCUUCCCAGAAACAUCAAAAUCACAGAUGAUCGCAUUUUUCAUAUCAAAUCUAAUUGUUGUAGGAAAUUCAAAAACAAUAAUACUGUGAGGACAUUUUGAAGCAGCAAAGUUUGAUCCCUGAACAGACUUUUAGAGGUUUGUGCAAAAUGAUGUUCUGUGAAAGGUUACAUACAAUCACGGCACUCUCUUGGUACAGACAGAAACAAAUGCAGUUCAAACAGACAGGCUUUAACAUUUUUUUAACAUUUCAGUGUUAUGUUAAUCUAAAAUGUAGAGUCUAAAUUAACCUAGAGCAACAAAAACCUUCGAACUUUCAUACAAGUGAACACUGUUGUUGAUCUGUCCCAAAAAAUUUAACAAAGCAGU